AUUGUCAGGAUAACAACUUUUUGUUAUCUCGAGAUCCCCAGAAAAUUAAGUCAUGAUCAUGAGAAAACAAGCAAGCAAAAAUAAUAAUAAUGCAUGGUCUCUCUCGGCUUCAAUACAAUUUAGACAAAAAGAAAAAUGAUCAUUUCAAAUGAAGCCAUUUAUUUAUUGAAUUGUAAUUGCAGUGUUUGGAGGAGAUAUGGAUUCAUUCCUACCGAAUGCUGUGUUGACCUGUGAGUUUGUCCCUGAUAUCGGACUUUCACCAGAGGUCGGAUGCGCUGCCGGGGGUUUGAAUCCAAGUGGAGGAGGAGAGGAGAAAAUCCCAACAAUGUUGGGAUGGAGAUGUGAUGAUGGUGGAAUGGAUUUUGUCCUUCCAAGCGCUGUCCCUGAAAUUGUCCCGAACAACGGACAUUUGUUAGACAGACGCGCCGGGAGUUCACAUCCACGAGGAGGAGUAAAGGAGUUUACUCCUGCAUUUGAGGAGGCGAACAGCCCCACAGAAAAAUGCAAGAAUAAAUUAUUUAAAUCAUUAAAGAAGAAAUGGGAGAAUGUAAAGCAGCCAUUCCUUCAUAAUGAUAAAGUGGAAACACUGAUUCCUUCAGAGCUUAAUGCGGAUUCAGUUCAUCCUAAUCUAAAGGAUGAUGCUGGUCUGGCCAGCUCUGAAUUAAACAAUAAGAUCAAACCGGAAAAACAACGAAUGGCAUUCUUUGACUGUCUCUGGAGGGGCAAGGUGGAGUCAGUGCCGACUCCCCUGCUUAAAGCAGAUCCAGCUAUCCCUGAUGUUAGGGAAGUUGUUGAUCUUGCACCACAGUCAAAGACCUACGUUGGUCCGAAGAAACAGAAACAAAAGGCUUCAAAGAGCCGCAAAUCUAACCUCCAGGGAGAAAAAGUGACUGUUGUGCCAACUCAACAGCCCAAGGCUAUUUCAGAUAUUCCUGUUGGCAUGGAUGUUCCUGCUCUGGCCGGCCCCCAAUCAAAACCAAAGAUUUGUCCGGAUAAAUGCAAGACAUUGAUGCAACGCAUCCUUGGAUGCUUCCGGAGGGGCAAAGUGGAGUCGAUGCCGACUUCACAGAUUGAGGCCGAUCCAGCUAUCCCUGAUGCCAGGGAAGUUGUUGAUCUGGCAGAUUCUCAAUCGAAGAGUGUUGGCUUAAAGAAACAAAAACAAAAGGCUUCAAAGAGCCGCUCAUUUCACAACCCUUGGGGAAAAAAAGGGAAGAGUAAAGUGAAAAAAGAUGCCGAUCCAGCUAUUCCUGAUGCCAUGGAUGGUGCGGAUCUGGCCAGUUUUGGUGGCAUCGCUGCAGCUAAUGCCAGGCUACACAAGUUAGGUGCCAUUCCAGAGAAUAUUGGGUUAAAAGGUGGUGGAAAUCCUGACCCAAAUAAAGCAAAAAAUCCUCAGGCAAAAGAUGUUGGAAAUCCUGAGGCAAAAGGUGGUAAAAAUCCCAGGCCAAAAGCUCUUAAAGCUCCUGGAAAUCUCAGAAAUCCUUGGAUUCCAAGUAGAAUUAAAAAUCCUGGACCAAAAGAAGAUGGAAAUCCUGGGUCAAAAGCUCUUAAAAAUCCCAGAAAUCCCUUGCCAGAAGAUGAUAAAGUUGUCAGGCCAAAAGUUAUAAAUGUUGUUCAACGAGCUUUUAAACCACCAAGCAAGAAGAAACCAGCUGAUCGCUCAGUGCCUAAAGGGCCUUUUGAUUCUAAAUAUAAACUCUUGAAGGAUGAAGUGCUUGGGCAAGGUCUCUGUGGCGAAGUGUACAAAGGGAUCCGUAUAUCGGAUGGCACUCCGGUUGCCAUCAAGCGAAUAAGCAAAGGAAUGUAUGACAGGAGUCUUCGGACUCCUGGAUACCCCAAAGGACUUAUUACAGAAGUGGCGCUGUUGCUUAAGUUAAAACGUGCGCACUUUUGCCCCAAUGUCAUACAGAUGUAUGACUGGUACGAGACUGAACACUUUUACAUGCUCGUGUUGGAGUACCCACUGCACAGCGAAUCCUUGUUGAAUUUUGUUUUUCGUGAAGAUAAACUAAGUGAAAAAACAGCAAGACAUCUCAUGCGUCAGGCGGUACUGGCAGUGCAACACUGUCUGGAUAAUGGAGUUUUCCAUAAAGACAUCCAGCCCGGAAACAUCUUGGUACAAAAAUCAACAAUGACCCUGAAGUUAAUUGACUUUGGGCUUGGAUAUUAUCUGACGCAUAAUGAUGCCUAUGAUUCCUAUUACUUUAGGGGAGCUCCAUGUCGCACCCCUCUUGAGAUUGAAACGGCUAAGAAAUUGGAAGUCGUGCCAGAAAGCGUCUUGGACUUAGGUAAUGUGCUGUACUUCAUGGUGCUUGGAUCUUUUCCCGAUCUUUCAGACGGCUUUAAUUCCGGGAAUCUGAAGAAAAAGGAUUUAUCAAAGGAAAUCUGCGAUCUGUUAAGUUGGUGCCUGGCCGAAUAUCCAAGUGAUCGUCCGACGCUCAAGCAGAUCUUAGAUCAUGAUUGGUUUAAAACUGAGUCUGACAAGCUACUCGUACAGAAAAUGAGGGCACUAUCCACACAAAUAUAAAAAGGAUGAAGCUGAAUGACUGAAGGAGACGGGAAUGAUUGGAGAUGCAGUUUUCAUCAUCCUGAGACAUAUGGAGUUUGAAGGAGGUUUUAUUUCAGCCUCAGACUUCAUGAACACAGACCGCUGGCUGAACGUCUGAUGCAGAUCCUGUCUCAUCCUUGAACACAAAAAAAAAAAUGUUUUAAUUCUUAAUGUUUUUAUAUUUUAAAGUUGUAUAAUAUAGUUUCUAAUAUAUAGUAAGUCCUCUAUAGAAUCAGCUAUGUCUGGCUCUCUCUUUAGGGUUUUUUUCUCCUAGGAGUUUAGGGAGUCAGGUUUAACUUAGAUCUCUCUUCUAUACAUUAUCACAAUGCUUGAUAGUUUAGUUUAAUCUGUACUUUGCAACGUUUGAUGUCCCUUGAUUUUUCUGUGUUUUUUUUAUUAAUGUAAAGCUGCUUUGAAUUAAUUAAACAAUUCUGAAAAGUGCUACAGUAUAUAAAUGAAAUUGAAUUGAAUAUGGAAGACUUUUCUUUAGCAGAUGUUUUAAUUUGCUUUUUUACUUUUUUUAUUUGAUCAAACUGAUUAACUUGGGUUACUUAUGUACAUGUUUUUCAUAUGCAAUAUCAAACCCUUGACCUUGGUAUAAAAUACUGGGAGUUAACGACGUAGUAAAUCCAAUCAGACACAAUGUUAAACCUGAUGCUGUUUU